AAUCAUCCAUCAGACGAAGUACGUUAUCAUUUUGGACUUUGUUUCUUCAUGUUUAGCAAUAGAUUACAUGAUGUUGCAGAUUUGUUAAAGCCUUUCUACUUCCCGGUCGGAUAGAUAAUUGAAACGGACCUCCACCACAGCAAUCAUCAUGGUGCUGCUGGAGAAAGUUGUCGGUUUCUUAACCGACAACUCCACCUUGGUCGGUCUCGUCCUCCUGACCAUCACAUUCAUCUUCCUCCUCAACAAGAUCCUGAACGUGUUGAUGAUCACUUCAAAUUCUCCCAACCCAUUCGGAACAGACACCAGGCGACCGCCACAGCCACUUGAGACCGAUCAUACAGUCGUUGACAAAGUGAUAAAACAGGGAUUUACUGCCCAAAAGGUUCCAGAGAAUCUGGAUGCAAUAGUGAUAGGCAGCGGAAUGGGAGGUCUUACCACUGCCUCUCUACUAGCCAGGACGGGCAAGAAAGUCCUUGUGUUGGAGCAGCAUGACCAGGCUGGAGGUUGCUGCCAUGUUUUCCGGGAGAAAGGCUUUGAGUUUGACGUUGGUAUUCACUACAUCGGUGAGAUGGCUAACAACACCCUUAUAAAGGUCAUCGUUGACCAGCUGACCGACGGUCAGUUACAGUGGGUCCCGCUGAACGAGACCUUUGACACCGUGAUCAUUGGAGAAAAGGGAAAGCAAAGGAAAUACCCGAUCAAGUGUGGUCUGAACGGUCAGUAUCGGCAGUCACUACUGGACAGCUUCCCCAACGAAAAGGAGAGCAUUGAUAAGUUUAUCAAUUUGUUAAAGGUCGUCAAAAAGCAAUCUUUUGUUGCCGGAGCUAUGAAGGUGAUGCCAAGGAAACUUUGCGACUUUCUCAUCAACUCGGGCAUCAUCAAACUCCUUACCUCGUUCUUUUACUACGCCGAUCUUAGUCUUAAAGAUGCCAUGGAUGAGAUAACUGACAACGAAGACUUGAAGGCUGUGCUUUCCUACAAUUUUGGCGAUUAUGGAACUCCACCGUCAAAAGGGAGCUUUGCCAUGCACUGCCUGUUGGUAAACCACUUUAUGAAAGGGGUGUACUACCCACUGGGUGGCGCCAGCGAGAUCGCCUUCCAUAUGAUACCAACUAUUGAGAGAUCUGGGGGUAAAGUCCUGGUCCGAGCACCCGUCUCUAAGAUAAUACUGGAUGAAGCGGGCAAAGCUUGUGGUGUAACUGUUCAGAGAACAUCUGGUGAUGUUGACAUCCAUGCCCCGCUCAUUAUAUCGAGCGCUGGAAUUUACAACACAUUCCAGAAACUUCUUCCACCAAAAGUGUCUUCAGAUAUAUGUCUUGAGAAGAAACACAAGGGUGCCCAACAUGGUGUUGGUGCCAUGUCAGUUUUCAUCGGCCUAAAAGGGACGAAAGAGGAGUUGAAUUUACCCGCGGGUCAGGUGUGGGCCUUCACCGGUAACGAUCACGAUGAACAAAUGGAGGAAUAUAUCAACCGUAGUGCUGAGGAUGCAGGCAAGGAUGGUAUCCCGCUGUUGUUCAUUACGUUCCCAUCGGCCAAAGAUCCCAGCUGGGAUGAACGGUAUCCAGGCAAGUCCACAUGUACGAUGGUGACGCUCGCUAACUGGGAAUGGUUCUCAAAGUGGGAGGACGGUAAGAUGUCCAAGCGAGGCGAGGAUUACGACAGCAUCAAGAACGCCAUCGGUGACAAGAUGUGGGAACAGUGUCUAUGGUACUUCCCGCACCUCAAAGAUAAGGUUGAGUAUUUCAACGUUGGAAGCCCUGUAACCAAUAAAUACUACAUCGAGGCCAUGAAGGGUGAGAUCUAUGGAUUGGAUCACAACAAAGAGAGGUUUAGUACGAGCACCUGGCAUACUCUGCGAGCAGAGACAGACAUUCCAAAUCUCUACCUCACAGGUCAAGAUACGUUUACCUGUGGUUUUUGUGGAGCUCUGUUCUCUGGAGUUCUAUCCACCAGUAGAAUCCUGAACCGUAACCUGAUGGCGGACAUUGUGUCCUUGAAGAAGAAGGUGUCCAAGAAGUAAGAUGAACCAAAAAUUCCACUGAAGACUGGAGAUUGAGCAACUUGUCAACGUCAUAAAACAAACAUGGUAUUGUACGUCUUAAAGGGUGGGUAAUUACUCCAAAAAUUAAGCCCGGUUCAUACUUCCUUGUUAUUAUUAAUCAAGUGAGUGCAGUGCAAUUAUUUUUUUACAUUUUUUAACACGCAGAUUUGAUUGAUAAUUACACUCUCUUUUGACAACAA